AUGAAAGAGGCGAGAGUCGUCAUCAUGGGUGGGGGCGGCGUGGGCAAGUCUGCCCUGACGGUGCAGUUCGUGCGCAACGUCUUCGUCAGCACGUACGACCCGACCAUCGAGGACACGUAUCGCAAGAUGCUCAGCAUCGACGGCCAACAGUGCCUCGUCGAGAUCCUCGAUACAGCCGGCACAGAGCAGUUCAUGGCGCUCAAGGAGCUCUACAUCAAGAGCGGCCAGGGGUUCGUGCUCGUCUUUUCGCUGACGCACCUGGCCAGUGUCAACGAGCUAGGUCCGUUGCGAGAGCAGAUUGUACGCAUCAAGGAUGCCAAGGUCCCGCUGGUCCUCGUGGGCAACAAGUCCGACCUGCGAUCCGAACGGCAGGUGCCUCGCGAGAUUGGGACCAAUCUGUCCAAGGCAUGGGGCAACGUGCCCUACUACGAGACGUCUGCGCGGAAGCGGGUCAACGUCGAGGAAAUCUUCAUCGACAUUGUGCGGCAGUGCCGCACCUACGAGCAGCAGGCCAACGGCGGACGGGGCCAUGGGUCGCAUGGCGCCAACGGGUCGGGGAAUAGCAAGCUGGCCGGGUCCAGCUUUGGCACGCGGCCAAAGGAGAAGAAGAGGUGCAUCGUCAUGUGA